AUGUCUAGUUCUGAGAGUGAUAAAGAGGUGCAAAAUACACCUCCAAAGAAAAAGAAGUACAGUGUCAGCUAUAAGCCGGAUUGGGAAAAAGAUGAUCUGUUUGAGGGAUGGUUAUCAAAAAGUAAUAAAGGCAUGGGUAACAAACGCAAAAAAUAUAGUUGCAGUAGAAAUUCGAAGUCUGCAGCGAACGCCAGGCAAUCAAAAAGGAGAAAGAUUAACGAGGAAAAAAACCAACGUACUCAUGAAUCUCCUGACAAUAACGACUCCUGUGUUGAUUCAAAAAAUAAUAAUCGUGACAAUGAAUUAUUUGAUGCACUCAUAUCGGAUCUGGAAAAAAUAGAUGAGAAAAAACAAAAUAUACAUUUAGAAGAAACGGCAAAUAUUGAAGAGUUUGAAUUGGAAGUGGAGCCACAAAAACAUAUCAUUCCUCCUUAUCAAAUUAUAGGAAGAAGGAUUGUUGAUUUCAUGUAUUUCUUUGAUCAAAUCAAAAUCGUAGCUAACCAUAAUCCUGGACUCGGUUGUUCAAUAAGUAAUGUUGAAAUUGUCAAAGAAAUACUUAAUGGCUUAGAAUCGACAAUCCACUUCAAAUGUACAAUGUGUAACAAGAAAUUUAAUGUCACACUAUGCAAUAAUAAUUUUCCAAAAGAGAUGACCACAAACCAUGCUGCAGUGACUGGUGCCAUGUUAAUUGGUUGUGGUUGGAGCAACCUGAAUGAGUUUUUGAGUGCUAUAGAUCUUCCAAAUUUAGGUCAAAAAUCUUAUGCAACUUGCCAUAAUGACGUAUCCAAGUGGUGGGCAGUUGCUGCAGAGGCAUCAAUGAAAGAGGCUGCUGAGGAGGAAGCAAAGCUAGCCAUCGAAGGUGGUGAAGUUAUAACAGGAAUUCCUUCAAUCACAGUAGUAGCCGAUGCUUGUUGGUCGAAACGGUCCUACAAGCGAAAAGAAAUUGUGUCUUUUUGCUGUGUGGACUGGUCAACAAUUUCCACUUAA